CAGAUCUCGCCUGCUCGGCGUAUUAUCAUUGUCGUUAUGCUCUCAUACUGUGCAUUCCUUGCUCCAAUGUCGUCCACAGCCAUAGAUACCGCCGUUGCGGACCUCGCCAAAACAUUUGAUACCACCCAGGAUAUCAUAUACGCCAGCAGCUCUCUCUACCUGGGAUGUAUGGGUAUCUCCGCUCUGAUCUGGGGCCCUGCAAGCCAAGUCUGGGGUCGUCGGCCUCUGCUCAUCACGAGUUCAUUCCUCUUCUUCGCAUUCACUGUUGCUUCAACCUUCGCCACGAACCUAGUAUCCUACUUCAUAUUCCGAGGAUGCGCGGCAUUGCAGGGCACAUCUUUCCUCGUGAUUGGCAACGCCAUCGUCGGGGAUCUCUAUGAGCCCACAGCCCGGGCCUCAGCUCUGGGCUGGGUACUGUCUGGAAGCCUGACGGGGCCUGCUCUGGGCCCUUUCCUAGGCGGAAUAAUCAUCACCUAUCGGCCAUGGCGCACAAUCUUCUACCUCCUUUCAGCCCUCAGCCUCCUCGCCACAAUCCUAAUCACCAUCCUCCUCCCGGAAACCAUCCCCCAGCGAACCCUCCCCUCCUCCCUACACCACGACCGAUCCCUCCGCCCUCAAAUUCGCCAACUCUGGCAGCAAAUCUCUCCCCUCCGCAUCCUACACCUAAUCAUCAGCUACCCGAACAUCCUCAGCACCGGCCUCGCCGCCGGCGCACUCGUGUGGAACGAAUACGCCCUGCUGACGCCCAUUCGCCAAAUGCUCAACCCGCGCUUCCACCUAACCAGCCCCAUAGAAGCGGGGCUCCUGUACCUCCCCUGCGGCCUGGGCUACCUGGCCGGCACUUUCUUCGGUGGCCACUACACCGACCGGGUCGCCCGGUACUACAUCCGCCGCGGGGGCCGCCGCAUUCCCGAGGACCGGCUGCGCGCGUGCCUGCCGUUUAUCUGCCUCGCCAGCCCCGCUUGCAUCUUGGUGUACGGGUGGACGGUCGCCGCCAGCGUCGGGGGCAUUGCCUUGCCGGUCGUGGUGAUGUUCCUGCAGGGGGUUGCGCAGAUCUUCUGUUUCCCUAGCUUGAACACAUACUGCUUGGAUGUGAUGCAGGAGCAAGGGAGAAGUGCUGAGGUGGUCGGCGCGAAUUAUGCUUUUCGGUAUGUGUUUGCGGCGCUGGGGACGGGCGUGGCGAUGCCCGCUGUGAAGGUGAUUGGGGUGGGUUGGUUUAAUACGAUCUCAGCGGUGUUCUUGAUCGCCGCGGGGGCGUUGGUGUGGUGGACUGCUGUGUCCGGGGAGGCUUGGAGGGAGGCUGUAGAUCUCAGGAGGAGCAGGCGGCAGGGGCAAGCGGGAAGAGAGAAAGUCUCGAUGGGCCAUGUGGAUGGUGGCGUGCAGCCUGGUGUCUAAAAGCAUGACGUUGACGAUCUAUGGAUGUGGUAUAUAUGGACGCUGUUCUGGCAGUGGAGGAUGAAAGGACGCAUUGACUGCAUCGG